AUGCCCAAGAGAAGCAACACAUCUUCAGUGAAGCGUCGACUUCGAAUGCUGAUCCAUGGUCGUAGAGCUCAAGUGAUUUCAAGACAUUAUGGGUUCCAAAAUACAAGACCAAGAGCAGCAGGGAAGGUUCUCCCCGCGUAUAUGCAAACCAAUCUGCUACCCCUAACCCAAUCUUCUUCGGCCGCCGGCAAGCAUCCAAACGCCGCUCCUAUCACUGCUCCUCAGCUGCGCGCCCGAGGAACCGGUGAGAUUAAUCGCUUGGACUAG